AACAAGCCUAGAUAAGAAAAAUGAAGAGAAGAGAAAGUAAGGGUUUCCAAAAAUUACAAAGCUGCAUCUCAUUUAUCUUGACCAUAUCAUGCAGGGGAAUUCACUUGGAAAAAUAAUUAAUUAGCAGUAGAGGGAAACCAGGCUGCCACAACGGCUGGAGGCUCUCAAAGCUGAUACCAGCCAGAGCAUGGAACGACUCAAAGAAACAGGUCAGAAGAUGUGGAGAGACCAGGAACGUUCGCCUUCCGUAUUGAAGCUGCGGGGGAGAGUUGCUAGUCAGAAACGGUUUUAAGAUUUUUAUACCUGGAAGGAGGUAAUUCCUGAUGCUAACAUGGCCGACGAGGAAGAAGACCCGCCUUUUGAAGAAGAUACUGAAGACACUGGAGGAGGGUCAGAUGGUGGACAGGGAAAAAGGAAACGGUUGUUCUCCAAAGAAUUGAGGUGUAUGAUGUAUGGAUUUGGAGAUGAUCAGAAUCCUUACACAGAGUCUGUGGAUAUUCUUGAAGAUCUAGUCAUAGAAUUCAUCACAGAAAUGACCCACAAAGCAAUGUUGAUUGGACGACAAGGUCGAGUACAGGUUGAAGAUAUUGUCUUCUUGAUUCGUAAAGACCCACGAAAAUUUGCUCGUGUGAAGGACUUGUUAACAAUGAAUGAAGAAUUAAAACGGGCUCGAAAAGCAUUCGAUGAAGCAAACUAUGGCUCUUGAGGCAUUUUUUGAGCUCAUCUCAUUUUUUGAUUCACUCUUUGAGUCAUCUCAUUUUUUGAUUUUUCUUUUCUAUAAAAGGAAGCUCUGGGAAAAAACAAUUCAGAACACUGCUGCACGUUGAAAUAGAUUUAAUUGUGGACUGUUUUCACAGAUUCUUUGUAUUGUGCUGUUUGCCUUUAAAACGAUUCAUUCUUGGUCA